AUGACUUUGCUCGAUGUUGGCUCGCUGAAGGCGAUCGUCAGGGUGCGAUCCGAUGCGCAUACGCUCGUGAAACGCGGCAAAAAGCUGCCUGAGAAGGUUUCCAAAACUUUUUUCGGGGGUCAAGACCAAUUGCAACAAAGCUGUAAAAGGUUGGCCGAUUCGACUGACACCCUGUCCGCUUCAGGAUCCGAUGCUGCUUCGACGUCUGGCUCUGGUGAUAGCCCCAUGGCCUCAUCAACCGGUUCGUCGGCUACCCAGAAUACUGGAGGAGGCGACUUUCUUGCGCCCUUCUCGACUGAAGAACCGUCGACAACUCUCUUCCCUCGCAGUGCACUUGGUGAGAUGGCUCCGAUCAUUAACGUUGCGGAAGGUCUGCUGGGCAAGCCACUUCCAACGAACAAAUGGUGGGGUAACAUCAUCCACACUACCGCUGAAGAGAUGAAUACGAAAGCCAACCCUGGCUGGUCCAACCCGUACGCCGUCAAGCUGCCGAAGGAAGCUCCGUACGGCAUCCAAGCUUGUUACUCGUACAACUACCGGCAGUUGUCCGCUAUCACCGAUGGCGUCGCGGAGCUUUAUCUGCACGACUUUGUCAACGACCUCACGCUGUCGGCCACGGAAUUUGCCGGUGAAGCCAAGCCCACGUAUGAGAUUUACGCCUUCAGCGACUUUGGCAUCAACGUUCGAGCCUGUCUCGAGAACAAGGAGCAGUGCUUGGACUCUGCUCUUGUGCACGGCAUGGCCUUCAUCACAGCCACGUACGACCGUCUGACCGCUCGGAUCGAGUCGGAAUACACCAUGGAGAUCGUGGACAAGUCGGUGCCAGGCAAGUACAUCCUUCAGCUUGGUGGGAACCAGACGUGGGUCGUGUACACUGGUAACAACGGCAGCUUUGCGCUCGACGAGUCGGGCAAAGCUCUCGUUUCCAGUGGGUUGUUCAGUGGCACCGUGCGUGUUGCCAUUCUACCAUCGAAAAAGGCCACUACCGUCUACGAUAAGUACCGAGCGUGUCACGUCCGUGGUGGCCACGUGUCUGUGGAGUCUCGUACUCAAUACCCGGUAAACUGGGAAACGGUGGGGAAGAGCUGUAAGACCAACGGGAUGCUUCACUUCGCACUGCCUCACCACCUCCCAGCGUUGAAAGGAGCCAUCACUGCUAAAAGCCCCAAAGCGAUUGUCCUUAAUUCGGCCACUCGAGGCAAAAUGGUCGCCCAAGUAGCCACGACUGGAAAGUGGGUCCUUUCGGAGCCUGAAGAUGAGUUGGAGGUGGACUUCUACCCAACCAGUAAACCGUCUGCCGAGGUUGUAGCAAAAGUGGGUCUUCUCCAGACUCUGCAGGCCGAUAUCGCUGACCACUGGGCGCUCAACAAGACGAGUUGGUACUUUAACGGCAAGCAGUACCAGAAGUACGCGUCGGUGUGUCUCAUGGCUGCAGACUCGGCCAUCGUAGGCAAGGACAAGAAGCUGCUCAGCGCAUGCCUGACGAAGCUCGAGAAGCUCCUUGUGCCGUUCCUGGACAACACGCUGGACCCUCCUCUCCACUACGAGACGUCGUACGGCGGUCUCGUCAGCAGUCAGAGCUUCACGGUCCAAGACGUGAACGCAGACUUCGGGAACAGUGUCUACAACGACCACCACUAUCAUUACGGCUUCUGGGUCACCGCGUCUGCCAUGCUCAAGAGUCUACACCCCAAGUGGGAGCGCAUCAAAGAGCUGGACAGGAUGAUCUGGAUGACGCUACGCGACGUGGCCAACCCCAGCACAGACGACCCUUUCUUCCCUCGGUUCCGCCACUUCUCCUUCUACCUCGGCCACUCGUACUCGCACGGUGUCACGCCCAUGCUCGACGGUAAAGACGAAGAGAGUACGUCUGAAGAUGUGAAUUUCUACUACGGCAGUCUCAUGCUACGUCUCAACGCCCGCGCUAUCCGCACCUACUUCCUCAUGACGUCGGACAACACCAUCCACCCUACUGAGUUCGUACCCAACCACGUGACGGGCAUCUUCUUCGACAACAAGGCGGCGUAUGCGACCUGGUUCAGUGGCGAGAAGUACGCCAUCCACGGCAUCCAGAUGAUCCCAGUGUCGCCGAUCAACGCUAUGGUGCGCACGACAAAGUUCGUCCAGCAGGAAUGGGACGAUAUCCUCUCCAAGCAGCCAAUCGUCACGGAAUCCAACACCACCAACGCGUGGUUAUCGCUGCUUCUCGUCAACCAGGCUGCUGUGGAUCAGGAGGACGCGCUGACCAAGCUACAGGAAGCCACAAUGGACGAUGGUCUCACCCGCUCUUGGGCUCUAUACAACGCAGCUUCCCGUCCUCACAACGCCAAGCAGGUGGAUGUAGCUUAG